GUUUUCGCACGUCGUCCCGUCGUCUGCUGCUACUGCGUACCACAAUUUAAAAUGGCGCAGGGGAAGUUGAAAGUGAAGGCAUCGGUGCCAAAAAAUUCCAAGAAUGCACGAAAUAGAACUUCAUUGAGGGGAGUUACAAAAGCUCGCUCAGCUCCCAAGAAAGCCAAGGCAAUAACCGCGAAGCAGCAAGUCCAAGUGGCCUUGGAGAAAAACAUCCGCAAAAACAUAGAACAAGAACUGAGAGCCAGAGCUGGCGGCGAAGGAAAGCCUUUCGGAACAACUGCAGGCACCAGUCAAGAGAAACCCAAGAAAAGGAGAAAGCGAUAGUCAUCUCUUGCAUCAGGCGGGCUCAGCAGCUAUGCCUUUUUCAUUGUAGUUCCCAGCACUCCAUCACCGAAAAAGCCACGGAAGGCUGAAAUGUAAUCGAUCUGCCCCCAUAAAAAAACAGGUUGUGUUGUAAUCAGUACACGUCAUUUUUUCAUUCAUGUAAUAUAUGAUACAACUUUCA